AUGUCUGGACCGGCUGUUGUUGCCAAGACCGCUGGAGGCAACAGUGCCUACCACAACUUCCACAAUGACUUCUUGCACGUUGCCGAUCUCAACGAGCGUCGUCGUCUCGCUCUCGCCGAGGUCGACAAGGCUCCCUUCGGCUGGUACCACGUUCGUGCUUGUGUUGUCGCUGGUGUUGGUUUCUUCACUGAUUCCUACGAUAUCUUCACGGCCUCUCUCCUGACCACCAUGUUGGGAAUUGUUUACUACCCUGGUGUCGGCGCUAUGCCCACCAGCUCGGAUAACGCCAUCAAGCUGGCUACUUCUGCAGGCACUGUCGUUGGUCAGCUCGGUUUCGGUAUGCUUGCCGAUUUGGUCGGUCGUAAGAAGAUGUACGGUUUGGAACUUAUUGUCAUCAUCUUUGCUACUAUCGGUCAGGCAUUGACCUCUGGCUCUCCUGCUUGCGACAUCAUUGGCCUCAUCAUCUUCUGGCGUGUCAUUAUGGGUAUCGGUAUCGGUGGUGAUUAUCCCCUCUCUUCCAUUAUUACUUCUGAAUUCGCCACUACCAAAUGGAGAGGUGCCAUGAUGGCUGCCGUCUUUGCCAUGCAGGGCCUCGGCCAGCUUUGCGCUGCCUUCGUUAUGCUUUUCGUCACCCUUGGCUUCAAGGGCUCGCUGGAGGGUGCCAAGGACAAGGCGCACUGCACUGGUGACUGCCAGAUUGCUGUUGAUAAGAUGUGGCGUACUCUGAUCGGUUUCGGUGCCGUCCCUGCCUGCAUUGCUCUCUACUUCCGUCUCACCAUCCCCGAAACUCCUCGUUAUACCUUUGACGUUGCCCGUGAUGUUGAGAAGGCCGGUGACGAUGUCAAGGCUUACAUGACCGGAAAGCAUGAGGGUGAGCCUGAUGAGGUCGCUCGUGCCACCGUCGCCCAGCACGCCAAGGAUAACCUUGAGGUUCCCAAGGCCAGCUGGGGAGACUUUAGCCGCCACUACUCCAAGCCCAAGAACUUCCUUCUCCUGCUCGGAACUGCUGGUUCUUGGUUUUGUCUUGAUGUCGCCUUCUACGGUCUCUCCCUGAAUAACGCUCAAAUUCUGCAGACCAUUGGUUUCGCCACCAGCGGCAAGUCUGUCACCAGCGUCUACCAGUUCCUGUACAACACCGCCAUUGGUAACCUGAUCAUUGUCUUGGCUGGUGCUGUGCCCGGAUACUGGGUCUCUGUCGCCACCAUUGACACCAUUGGCCGCAAGACCAUCCAGCUCGGUGGUUUCAUCAUCCUCACCAUUCUCUUCGUCGUGAUGGGUUUCGCUUACAACCACAUCUCUUCCAACGGCUUGCUGGCUAUCUACGUCCUUGCCCAGUUCUUCUUCAACUUUGGUCCCAACACCACUACCUUCAUUGUUCCCGGUGAAGUCUUCCCCACCCGAUACCGUUCCACCUCCCACGGUAUCUCUGCUGCCUCCGGCAAGGUCGGUUCCAUCAUCGGCCAGGGUGCCAUUUCUACCCUCAAGAGCCACAAUGGCCAGAACUGGAUGGACCAUGUUUUGGAGAUUUACGCUCUCUUCAUGUUGCUCGGCUGCUUCACCACCCUCCUCAUCCCCGAGACUGCUCGCAAGACCCUCGAAGAGCUCUGCGGCGAGGACGACUACGCCGUCACCCACGCCAACCGUGCUUCCAACGGUACGCAGGACUCUAAUGAGGACGAGGCCGUCAAGGCUGCUUAA